AUGAGCCCCCUCCGCGCCCUCCUCGUCCUCGCCGCCGUCCUCGCGGCGUGCCUCGGCCCCGCGGCCGCGGACCAGCCCGGAUCCGUCGAGGGAUACACCAUCGCCGGCCGCAUCAAGAUCGACGCUGCAAGGGGCUUUGGUCUUCCAGCCAAGACAUCAAACACGAAAGUGAUACUUAAUGGUGGUCAGAAAGUUACAUUCGCCAGGCCAGACGGCUACUUUGCCUUCCACAACGUGCCUGCUGGGACACAUUUGAUAGAAGUCUCCUCACUUGGCUACUUCUUUUCACCAGUUCGAGUGGACAUCAGUGCCAGGAAUCCAGGGCACAUUCAAGCAGCAUUGACUGAAAACAGAAGAGUUCUAAAUGAGCUUGUUUUGGAACCUCUGAAAGAAGAGCAAUACUAUGAGCCGAGGGAGCCUUUCAACAUUUUGUCCCUUUUGAAGAGCCCCAUGGGUAUGAUGGUCGGUUUUAUGGUCCUAAUGGUCGUCGUUAUGCCCAAGAUGAUGGAGAACAUAGAUCCCGAGGAGAUAAAGCAAGCUCAAGAGCAAAUGAGGAACUCACCUGUUCCAUCCUUUUCUGGCUUGCUAGCCAGAGCAAACAGCUAG